ACGCAAGAGAAGUGUCGGAUACGGCACCUGCCUCAAUAGCGCUUGUAUAGACUUGACUUCACUUCGAAAGGAGUUAAGUUGAAAGAAAGGGAAAGAAGAUUAACAAGUAGUAACAGAGAAGACGAUAAACUAAGAGAAAGGAUAUACAAGAUAUCGAUAAAAAAGAAAGAAAAAAUCUAACGGACGAGAUGCUGAUAAUUUUAAGAAUAGCGCUCGUGGGAUUUGUCUGCCUGUUCCUUGCAUCCGCUGGGUCUGCCUGCGGUCCAGGCAGGGGGUAUGGGAAAAGGAGACAUCCGAAGAAGCUGAAGCCUCUGACAUACAAGCAGUUUAUUCCCAACGUGGCAGAGAAGACAUUAGGGGCCAGUGGCAAAUAUGAAGGAAAGAUAACUAGGAACUCCGAGAGAUUUAAGGACUUGACUCCAAACUAUAACCCUGACAUUAUUUUCAAAGAUGAGGAAAACACUAACGCUGACAGACUUAUGACACAGAGAUGCAAGGACAAAUUGAACUCUUUGGCUAUUUCAGUCAUGAAUCAGUGGCCAGGAGUACAGCUCCGCGUGACAGAGGCUUGGGAUGAGGAUGGACACCAUUCUGAAGAGUCCUUACAUUAUGAAGGGCGCGCGGUGGACAUCACCACGUCUGACCGGGACAGGAGCAAGUACGGGAUGUUGUGUAGGCUCGCAGUAGAGGCAGGGUUCGACUGGGUAUAUUAUGAGUCCAAAGCCCAUAUUCACUGUUCUGUGAAAGCAGAAAAUUCCGUGGCUGCCAAAUCAGGGGGCUGCUUCCCAGGAUUUGCUUCCGUUAUUCUCGAGGAUGGUCAGAGAAAGAUGGUGAAAGACUUGAAAGUUGGCGACAGAGUGUUGACAGCGGACGAUGAGGGAAAUAUUGUUUCUAGUGAAUUUCUCAUGUUUAUCGACCGGGAUCCAAAGACAAUAAGAGAAUUCUAUGUUUUCGAGACAGAGGAGCCUCGUAGUACACUAAGAUUAACACCUGCACACCUUGUUUUCGUCACCAACAACGGCACAGGCAGCGACACGACAGCUGUGUUUGCCAGUAACGUAACACCUGGGCAAAAGGUGCUCGUGGUGGACGACGCUCUGGAACACCUGAAGGCAGUAACCGUGCAACGGAUUUUCGUAGAGGAAUAUGAGGGGUCUUAUGCCCCAGUAACCUCGCAUGGAACCAUCAUAAUAGACCAAGUUUUGGUUUCAUGUUACGCGGUGAUAGAGGACCACAAAUGGGCGCACUGGGCCUUUGCACCGGUCCGGGUUGGUCACGAGUUCAUGUUCUUAACUGGCCUAUUGAAGGAGCGCGAGUACCCUCCUACCAGAGAUGGAAUACACUGGUACUCGGACAUUCUAUACCACAUGGGAACAUGGCUGCUGGACAGCAACAAUUUCCACCCUCUAGGAAUGUCGAAAAGUUGAAAAAUCAAGCCCUAGGCUAUAUAUUUUAAUUUCAAAGACACAAAUGUGUAUAAACUUUGGACCACUGGUCCCAGAAACUCAUAUUCAUAUCGUAUUUAUUCACGUACGUAGCUUAGGCUUCAUUCAUGAAAUUUUUGCCUACUAUGAACAGUUUGUGAAGAAUCAUUUUCUUAACCAAUUUAACCAACAGUUAGGAUGACUGUGCAGUGUUCAAAUGUGUUCUGAAAUCUCUUCAAAUGUUAUACGAUUGUUAUAUUUUCAUGGUUGAACAAAGUAGAUAUGGUCAAUAAAUUAUAUUUUUAUACACUGUAAACCGUAGGCAUACUUUAUCUGGUUAAGUAGUCUAACAUCCGACAGUUUCUAGACUAUUUCCAAACGUCAAAUGGGGCUGACUUGCGCUGACCACGCAUGUAAUUUAGGCUACACGAUCUAUAAACCUUUUAAAACGAUGCUAUCUAUUCUGAUAAUUCAAGUGUUAUGGACAAUGAAAUAAGUUUACAGGUGAUUGGUCCCUUCUUUACAGCCCCUCUAAUACAGGUUUGAACCUCAUGUAGGGUUCGUUUAUAGAUUGGAACGGGGUAUCCUGCCUUUAAACUUGGUGCAAGGGAGGCCUCUGGUGGCCAUAGACCAAAUAACAAAUAUUUCAUCGAAUUUUUGUCAAACGGCCCAAUUAUUACAAGAUGUGUAUGUAAGAUUUUGAUAUUCAUGCUGGCAGAUAGGAAAGCUAUACCUACGACUAGACACAACUAAAAUUGAAAUUCUGCUUUAAAAGGAGAUUCCACUCCAGAGUUGUAAAGGUACACGCUAGUCAUUUGACACAGAAUAGGCCUACUGCUGGCAGUUGGAGGCAACAGAUGUCUUGGCAACAUCUUAAUCCAUAAUUUACACAAAUCAAUAACUGCUUAUCCCUGACCCAUGCAAAUGAAUCAGAGUUUCAGAAUAAUUCUCAACCCCCAUCUUCUAUUAGACAGCAACGAAAGCCACCCAAGCAGAACCAAUAGCCUAAAAGAUCUACUGAACAUUUCUUUUUAGAUUUCUGUAUGCUGUUGUUACUCUGGGCUUCUCACAAAAAUCUAGAGCAAGGUAGUGUACUCAUUUGCAUUUGAAAACGGGAAAAUACUGUGUUUCAGAUG